CCAAAACCCACCCGUCUCAAAUAGAAGGAAUCGCUUUAGAAGCUGCAUGUCGGUGCUUUGUGAUUCCAUCACCUGCUUGUUUCAUUCUAGAAGCUUAAGGAAGACUAACUUCUAAGAAUCCUGCUGGGAGGUGUAAAUUCCCCGCCUCGGUUUUGAAGGAGUUCAAAGCUACCCGGAUAUGUGCGCAGAUUUGUGAAUUUCGGUUAUCUGGGCUGCUUGAUUUAGAAGGAUCGUGGCCUAAUUCUGCAGGGAUAAGUUUAGAGAUUCGAUACAGACAAGCAUCCCGGGAAAGACAAUUCUCGCCAAACGGAGCUAGCAGGCAAAGUUGGAGCUCCUUUCCAUUUGCUGCACAUGGCCAACCCUGUUUCCAUUAAGACCCACCUGGGUCUAGACUAUUAGUUAUUCCCAAGUGUGUGUUCUUCAUCCUCCGCUGCACUAACAACCACCUGGGCCUUUUUGUGGCUGUCUUGUACACACUAAUGGAGACCAAACUUCCUGUUACUCCCACCAGUCCAUCCUCUCCAGGCUUGUCCCCUGUCCUGGCAGCUGAUAAGGUGGAUGGAUUUUCCCGACGUUCUCUCCGCCGGUCCCGCCAGCGCAGAUCACAUAGCUCUUCACAAUUCCGCUAUCAGAGCAAGCAGCAGGAGCUGACACCGUUACCUCCUCUGAAAGAUGCUCCUGUUUCUGAACUUCAUGACUUAUUCUGUAAGAAGUUGCAGCAAUGUUCAGUUAUCUUCCAUUUUAUGGACUGUGUGGCUGACCUAAAAGGGAAAGAGAUCAAGAGAGCCGCACUGAAUGAGCUGGUAGAAUGUAUUGCCACCAACAGGGGAGUCUUGAUAGAGCCAGUUUACCCAGAGGUUAUCAAGAUGAUAUCAGUGAAUAUAUUCCGCACACUACCGCCCAGUGAUAAUCCAGAAUUUGAUCCUGAGGAGGAUGAGCCAAAUUUUGAGCCCUCUUGGCCACAUCUGCAGCUGGUGUAUGAAUUCUUCCUCCGCUUUCUGGAGAGCCAGGAUUUCCAGCCUUCGCUGGCCAAACGAUAUGUGGACCAGAAGUUUGUGCUUAUGCUCCUGGAACUGUUCGAUAGUGAAGAUCCUCGUGAGCGGGAAUAUUUGAAGACUAUUCUGCAUCGUGUUUAUGGAAAAUUUCUGGGACUGAGAGCAUAUAUCAGAAAACAGUGCAACAACAUUUUCCUUAAAUUUAUCUAUGAGACAGAACGGUUUAAUGGUGUAGCAGAGCUUCUGGAAAUUCUGGGCAGUAUCAUCAAUGGCUUUGCUUUACCCCUGAAAUCAGAACACAAACAGUUUCUUGUCCGUGUACUAAUACCACUGCACUCUGCAAAAUCACUUUCUAUAUUCCACGCUCAGCUGGCUUAUUGUGCAGUACAGUUCCUGGAGAAAGACUCCUCACUAACAGAGCAUGUAAUCCGAGGUUUGUUAAAGUAUUGGCCAAAAACCUGCACUCAAAAGGAGGUAAUGUUCCUUGGAGAGUUGGAGGAAAUUCUAGAUGUCAUUGAACCCUCCCAGUUUGUGAAGAUUCAAGAGCCCCUAUUUAAACAGAUCGCUCGCUGUAUUUCCAGUCCUCAUUUUCAGGUUGCAGAGCGAGCACUUUAUUUCUGGAACAAUGAGUAUAUCCUGAGUCUGAUAGAAGAAAACUGUCACACCAUCCUCCCCCUGAUAUUCGGCACCCUCUACCAAGUCUCCAAGGAGCACUGGAACCAGACAAUUGUCUCCUUGAUUUAUAAUGUCCUGAAGACUUUCAUGGAAAUGAAUGGGAAACUCUUUGAUGAACUCACAGCAUCCUAUAAACUUGAUAGGCAGCAGGAGAUGAAGCGAGAAAAAGAUCGCCAAGAGCUUUGGACAAAACUGGAUGAGCUGCGUCUUAAGAAGCUCAAUGGUCUAGAAGAAGCUCAGAUGAACCAGCUUAAUUUACAGCACAGCAGAGCGAGUAAGAGUUAGGAGACCCCACCAUCACCUUCCACUAUUUAACAGAAGACCACUGCAGCCAAUCCACACCCCCUCCUCCCCACAUUGCACCCUUUGUUUAGAAUUCCUAAGUACCUCCUUAAGAGGAGGAAGAGCCGUAGCUCACACCGUGAUGCCAGUACCAUUAAUAACAUAUGGGAUUAAAACAUUCCAGGGAUGUCUUCUUUUCAUGUUUUAGCAGGUAUAUUUUCUUUUCCUGGGAGAGCAACAUAGAUUGAAGCCUUGUCGGCAAACCAACUUAUACCAUCCCCACUUAGCAGCAGCAAAGACUUCUAGGAAAAGCCAUUACGUAUCUAUGUCACUUUCUGUCCAUUGAUAUUAUGAGUGCUAUGAAGAAGGUUAACAAGACUGGUCACUACAACAUCAAAGGCUUCCUGGGGAAAAAAAACAAAGAAAGAAUUUGUCACUUCCUGUCCAGUGGAAGCAGGGGCUUCUGGGAAGAUCCCUGCAUCUGUAACCCUUUGUGAAAGU